UUUUUUUGUAUUUAUAUAGAUCUCUCUAUACGUUUGCUUUAUCCUUUUUGAAUGCUUAAGUUGGCAAACUCUUCGUUCGGGCCCCAAAACCUCUACACUAAGUAAUUCGUAAGCUGCAGCAGCAACAACACAGUAGAAGAAGAGAAAAAAAAAACCCAUUAAAACCAGGAAAAAGAAAGCUUAAUGGAUCCGUGCCCUUUUGUACGGAUCCUGGUGGGUAAUUUGGCCCUGAAAUUUCCGGUACCAGCAAAGCCCUCACUUUCAAGAAUCCACCCUUCUACUUCUCCAUGUUUUUGCAAGAUUAAACUCAAGAACUUCCCUCACCAAGUGGCUACAAUCCCUUUUAUCCAAUCACAAGAAGACAGCAACAACUCUUUUCAGAAAUCGCUCGCUGCAUGUUUUAGUCUAAGCAAGUCGCAGAUGGAUAGUAUAAUCUCGAGAGGAGGUUCAUCAUAUAAAGUUUCUAUCGAGGUUUACGCUGAUCCUGAUGGCAGUACUUGUGGAUUGGCAUCUGGAAAGUUGUUGGGGAGGGUUUCAGUGCCUUUGGAUCUACGUGGAGCGGAGUCAAGGCCGUCUGUUGUGCACAAUGGAUGGGUUGAUAUAGGCCAAAAUAGAAGCAACAAGAAUGGAUCAUCUGCGCAGUUGUGUUUAACUGUCAGGACUGAACCUGACCCGAGAUUUGUGUUCCAGUUUGGUGGGGAGCCUGAGUGUAGUCCUCAGGUUUUUCAGGUUCAAGGGAGUGUUAAACAGGCAGUUUUUACAUGCAAGUUUGGUUUCAGGAACUCGAGCGAUCGGAACUUGGGAUCAAGAUCAUCUUUGUCAGAAUCAAGCACUGCAAGAACUUGGCUACCUUCUUUGAAAACAGAUAAAGAUCAAUCCUCCAAAGAACGAAAAGGAUGGUCAAUUACAAUCCACGACCUCUCAGGCUCUCCGGUAGCAAUGGCAUCAAUGGUGACCCCAUUUGUCCCCUCUCCUGGAACGGACAGGGUCAGCCGGUCCAACCCAGGUGCAUGGCUAAUUCUCCGUCCAGGAUGUGGAACCUGGAAACCCUGGGGCCGCCUUGAGGCCUGGCGUGAACCUGGUUUCACUGACGCCCUUGGAUACCGAUUUGACCUCUUCCACGAUGAUAUCGCCGCCACAGACACAACCACCAUCGUCGACAGGUCCACCGUCAGCACCAAACAUGGCGGAAAAUUCACCAUGGAUAGGACUACUAAUAUAGCAACACUAUCACUAAGCCCACAAGGCAGCUGUGACUUAGGGUCAAAGUCACGUUCCGGGUCAAGAGCAGGAUCCGGAUCAGGGUCAGAUUUCGGGUUUGGGGUUUCCCUUUCCCCGCAGAGUUUGUACAGGGGUGGGUUUGUAAUGUCAUCGACGGUGGAAGGUGUGGGUAAAUGCAGUAAACCGGAAGUAGAAGUAGGGGUACAGCAAGUGACAUGCACAGAGGACGCAGCAGUAUUCGUGGCAUUGGCAGCGGCCAUGGAUCUAAGCAUGGAUGCUUGUCGGUCCUUCUCUCAAAAGCUAAGGAAAGAGUUGAGGCGGCAAACUCAGAACUUUGUCGUUUAAUGUGGUGGGGUUUUGUCGUUUUAGGUUGUUAGGUGUUUUUGGAUUGGGAUUCCUUUGUCAGAUAACUAACAGCACUUUUUGAGCUGGAUGUAACGAUUAGUUUUUACAGUGCGGAAUGACAAGGCAGGAUUUUUUUUCUUCUAAAUUUUCUUGUGAUCAGUGAAUUUUUUCAUUGUUUUAUUCAUAUCUUUUGUUCUUUAUAUUUGUUGUUUAUACAGUAUAUGCUAUCAUAUGCUUUCUUUCGUCUGAGAAUCCUAUGUUGGAAAGGUGGAAGUAUUGAUAUAAAUCCCUUUUUUUUUUUUUUAUGCA